AUGGACUGCCCGUCCAGUAGCCCUCUUGAAAACGUAGAUAAGGCGAUUCGGGACAUAUUCGAUGCUCUACACGAUGGCGAGAUAUGUGAGGAGGAGAAAACCAACCUCUUUGUGACAUUGAACUACCUACUUCCAGGCACAUUUAUUGAAGCGUUGAAUAUUAUAGAGGCAGAGAAAAUUGUCAAGUACAAACAAAGGGAGCAACCAGAUCGAACUCUGUGGUCGAUUGAUCUGGGAGUAGGGCUACGAAAUAGAGUGUGGAGAUGGAAAUCUCUGGGCCAGGACCUUCGUGAUGUUGCAUGGCCACGACCAGCGCCAAUAGCGACGUCAUCUACUUCAGCAUCACCACCAGCAUCAACAUCACAAGCAUUAUCAUCAGCAUCAGCAUCAGUAUCAGCAUCAGCAUCAGCAUCAACAUCAGCAUCUGUUCCUGCAUCUGUUCCAGCAUCCACUCAGUCACCAUCCGUAGCAUCUUUGCAACCCAUAGCACCUGAUCCAAAAUCUACAACGACUUCUUCCCCACACAAACGUCAACCAAUAGCACCGAGUUCGAUAGAUGCUAGUUUAGGGUCUAAACCACGAGCAUGGGCCGACAUCGCACGGCCAGCUCUAGCUAAACCACAGUUACCUGCACCAACGAGCUCUGAGCCGUCUGUUAAGGCCCCCUCAACAAAGUCAAAUACUCCUGGCAUCAGCACAACGGUGGCACCUAGAACAGCGACGAAUGUUGCUGUGGCAUCGCAGACACCUGAUGUGUCUGCUAAGCAGUUUAAUGGAACGAUGAGUACUGGAGCGAAUGGAACCACGAAAACAAACGGCUCUACCAUGGAGGCAACUAACAAACCUACUCCUACGAAUAGCACUCUGCCGUCAAACGGUGGUAUUACAAUACCUUCACCAGUGGUGACCGCAGCUCCUCCAUUAGCACUCACGCUGGGGAAAGCCACAUCCCUAUAUAAUUACAACAGUCGACGUCAAGCAGAUCAUGCCCGAGGACUGGUCAAUCAAGGAAAUAUCUGUUUUAUGAACUCAGUUCUACAGGUUCUCACCCAUUCUGAACAUUUCUACAGUCUUAUUAUGAGCUUAGGAUCAUCUGUUCAGCAUAAAAUGAUUAGUGAUACACCAAUCCUUGAUGGGUUAAUUGAAUUCAUGACUGAAUUCAGUUCCCCAAAUCCCAGCCCUUACACGGCAGAUUCAUUCUAUAAUAUUAUUAUACAGAACAGCCGGUUCCGUCAUUUGCAAAGAGGUCGGCAAGAGGAUGCUCAGGAAUUUUUGGGAAUGCUUUUGGAAAGUCUUGAAGAUGAGUUUUUGAAAGCUGAGAAGCUGGAAUCGGAUAUUGAUGGUGCAAUUAGCGCUUACAGCACACCGCUAUCAACUGCUAAUAAUUCGGCCAACAGUACAGCACCCAACUCUCCAUCUAUGGCGGCUUCUAUGACAGCAAAUGCCGCUUCAUGGGUUGAGGUAGGCAAGAAAAAUAAACCUCUUCAAUCUCGUUUUUCAGGCGGUGGAGUAACGAACACACCGAUUGGCAAGCUCUUUGGUGGCCGAUUCAAGUCUGUGCUAAGCUUUCCCAGUCAAAACAAACCGCCGUCUAUCACUUAUGACCCAUUUCAACAUGUUCAGCUCGACAUUUCGGAUGAGCGUGUUACCAGCAUAGAGGAGGCCAUUGCUACCAUGUGCGAACCAGAAACUAUUUUAUAUUCGACCUCCCAAAAGGGACAGACCAAGGCCACUAAGCAAGUACUUUUUGAUAUUCUGCCCCGUGUUCUCAUUGUUCACCUUAAAAGAUUUACGUAUUCAUUUGAUUCGUGGGGAACGGGAAGUGAUACUGACGAUGUCAAAAAAAUCACCAAACCAAUCUCAUUUAGUGACGAUCUGACAAUCUCUACGCCAGAUAAUGUACCCCACAAGUACUCAUUAUUUGCUGUGGUGUAUCACCAUGGCCCAUCUGCUACCGUCGGCCAUUAUACGGUAGACGUCAAGUCUCGAACAGGAUGGACUGGUAUCGACGACAUCUCCUUAACCAAGAUCCAUCAACCGGGCACUCUGUCUCCGGACAAUUCAAUAUCCACCAGCAAAACUGCAUACUUGUUAUUUUACACUUUAGAUAAAUAG